CAACGCAGUAGUAGCUGCUCUUCAAACCGGAGACGAGAUCACCGAGAGGAGAGAGAAAGAGGAGAAGGAAAAUGUCUUCGUUGGUCGUGGUUACAGACACAGGCGUACGAACGCCUCUUCUACAAGAUUUAUCACCUCCAGUUCCACACAGCGACUCGGGCGUUAGAGAAGAAGAGAUUGUUCCUUUACCGUCACCGAACGAGUUGGAUGAAUCAAAAGCUAAUCCUACCGAUCCCAAGCAACGCCUUGUAUCUUUAGAUGUCUUUCGAGGCCUCACUGUCGCUCUGAUGAUAUUGGUUGAUGAUGCCGGAGGGGCUUUUCCAUCAAUAAACCACUCUCCAUGGUUUGGCGUGACCCUUGCGGACUUCGUAAUGCCUUUUUUCCUCUUUGGUGUUGGUGUUUCUGUGAGUUUGGUAUUCAAGAAAGUAUCCAGCAAACCAGCAGCAAUAAGAAAGGUUAUGGUCAGAACAGUUAAGCUCUUCCUCUUGGGGUUGGUUCUGAACGGCGGGUAUUUCCAUGGGCGCAACCAUUUAAGCUAUGGGGUUGAUGUCAGACAGAUACGGUGGAUGGGUGUGCUCCAGAGGAUUUCUAUUGGAUAUCUGUUUGUUUCGAUUUUGGAGAUCUGGCUUGUUAAUAAGGUUGCAGUUGACUCGGCAGUGACAUUUGUACAGAAAUAUGUCAUUCAGUGGGUGGUUGCUAUCUUAUUAGGUUCUUUGUAUAUGUGCUUGCUUUAUGGGCUUUAUGUUCCAGACUGGGCGAUUGAAGUUACGAGCAUGAACUUGACCUCAUUUGCAUCUGGAUAUGGAUCUGGUACUCAAAUUGUGCACUGUGGAGUGAGGGGUAAUCUUGAACCUCCUUGCAAUGCAGUUGGGUUGAUUGAUCGGUUUUUUCUUGGUGAACAACAUCUUUACCAACAUCCUGUGUACAGAAGAACAAAGGAAUGCAGUGUUAAUUCUCCUGAUUAUGGACCUCUACCCCCAAAUUCACCUGGGUGGUGCUUAGCUCCAUUUGACCCAGAGGGCAUCUUAAGUUCACUGAUGGCUGCAAUCACUUGUUUUAUGGGAUUGCAUUUUGGACAUAUUAUUGUGCAUUAUAAGGUUGAUGUCAAGCAUAUUAGAAAGCCCACAAUGGUGCUUCAGUGGAUGGGGAUGAAUGCUCUCGUUAUUUAUGCUUUGGCUGCUUGUGACCUCUUUCCAGCUGCCUUGCAAGGUUUCUAUUGGCGUUCACCUGAAAACAACCUGGUUGACGGCACUGAAUCACUAUUGCAGGCCAUCCUUCAAUCAAAGAAGUGGGGUACCUUGGCUUUUGUAUUGCUUGAGAUUUUAUUUUGGGGUCUUGUUUCUGGAUUCCUCCACAUGAAACGAAUCUAUAUGCGGCUAUAAGGUUGCUGACAUGUACCCUUGUGCUCACCAUGUGAAUAAUGAGACAUCUCUAGACAUCAGCAUAGUGUUCUUUCUUCCCAGAGCCUUACUGCAGUUUUUUGUUCAAGUAGUGAAAGAUCAACAAUCUGAGAAAUCUUGGGAAAUGUCUGUACAGCAGCAAUGAAGAUGCAAGGCUCAGGCGGGUAAUGGUUUUCUCUCCGUGUUCUUUGAAUUUGAUUCAUUUUGUAUUGCUGUACUAUUUGGAAUUUAAUUCUAGUGGCAUAUCGUACAAAGAUAAGUAGGUAAUGAAAAUAUGGCAAUACCCUGACUUUUGGUAUAAGCAGCGGCAAAGUAUAGUGCGAUUCCUCUUUGAUGUUCUCCUUUCCCGGUUGGCUUUAUUUGUUUUUCUGUUUGAAGUCUCUUUCUCUUUGAACUCUGCGUGCAUGCGUGUGUAUGUUUUGCGGGCAUGUAAAGAAUAGAUUGGUUGUGUUGAGAGUAGAGAUAAGGAAUCGAUUCUCUUGAAUAGGAAAAAGUGCUUCUAUGGUCGUAUAGUGGUGGUUCAAAGUGGAAAA